UCUGGUGAGUUCUGUUUGGUCCGGUCACCAAUAAAUGGUAAACUUUUGAUAAACACAUCCCUACUAGUCAUUAAGAUUUAUUUAUUUAUUACGUUAAUUGAUUGAGAGGUUGUACGAUGCCGGCCACACUUUUCCAUAGAUUCGUGCUGAUCAUUGGAUUCCUAUCCCUAUUCCAUGCAGCCUAUUCAGCAGCUCAACAUAGAUCCUUCCUGAGGAUCAAUGAGCAGACUUUUACUCAUCUACCUUUGGAUAUCAUAUUCCAAUCAGUGGGUAGUCUGUUUGCUGUUAUGUACGGAGUGAUGCAUAUUGCUGGUGACUUCAAAGAGAUCAAAGCCUCUGCAGACUUAGAGAACAAGACAUGGGAGACCUACAGGAAUGUCCCAUCCUUCUACACAUUCAACCACAGAGGCAGAACAUUCUCACCAUUCUAUAUACACUCUCAGCAUUCAGACGAAUCUGAGUGAUAUUUGUAAUAAAGUCAUAACUACAAAUUAGUACAUAAUAUUAAAUUUAUUAUUACAUCUUGUCAAACACAA